AUGGAAGCUGGUGAUAUCUUAUUUAAAACUCAAAUGUCCAGCAAGGACUUUGAGAAAAAUGAAGAAGCCACGCUUUUUUGUACCAAGUGCUAUGAGUAUGGCCAUAUGGAGUAUAAAUGCAUCCACAAGAUCAGAAAAUUCCCAUGCAUUUUUUGUUCAGACAAAGACCAUAGACAUGGGCAAUGCUACCAAGUUACCUGUCACAAAUGCAAAGGGGUAAACCUUACUUACUUCCCCCCCCUUCCGUGAGUGAACAAAACCAUUAGAAAAAUCACCAUUUUUUGCCCAAAAACCCACCCUCCGUGAGUGAACAAAAUUUUUUUAUGUAAAAAAAUUUUUGAUAUAUAAGUGAUAAUUAGUAUAAUGAAAUCUAGAGCUAAUUCUGUUUAAUUUUAAGCAAAUUGCGUUCUAAAACAUAAAUUUUAUAAAUUAAAUUAAUAGUUGCUUUCCAAUUUUUGCGAAUUAGGAUUUUUUUAAAUUUCGAAAAAAAAAUUUUUUAUAAAAUUUAUAUAUAAUUUUUUUUAAAAAAAAAAAUUAACCGUGAGUGAACAAAAUUUUUUUGUUCACUCACGGAGGGGGGGGAGUUAGAUUGGACACCCUGCAAGACUCUGCAAUUCAAAAUUCUAUUUAAGCUGCAAAAUUUGCAAAAUGAUUGGACACACACAAGAAACAUGUAUGGUAAGGGAUGAGCCAAUAGAAGAAAAUAAACUUGCUGAAGCUACCUGCUAUUUGUGUAAGGGCAAAGGACAUACAGUUUGUAAGGAGCCUUAUAAGGCGGAUAAAGAAGAGAUUUUCAUUGAGAAAAAGAUAAUGAAAAAUGAGCAAGUCAAGCAGAAAAGAAAGAAAAAUAAAAAGACAAGGAGUAAAAUAGAUAGAUUAAGUGAGUUAUGCGGGGUUUAGAGGGAUUAUUUCAGCCCUCUAUUUGCCUUGCAGAUUUCAGGCUUCUUAGCCUAGUCAUCGGUUUGUAUUUAUACAAUUUUAUGUGGGAGUCGCCAAAAAAAUUUGACGUUGCCAUCUUAGGGGAGAGCACCCAGAUACUUCCUUGGAAAACUCUCUUAACGGUCGGAGAAACUAUAAUUGGGGGUAGAAUGUAGGGGAUCCCCGACUUCUCCUUCUGGCCCCCAUUUCCUUCGCAUCCAAAAGUAUGGAACUGCCUUUCUGGACUCCUUCUAAUCCCCAUUUGCUUCACAUCCAGAAGUAAGGAGCUGCCUUUGUGAACUCUGGCAUCUUGCCUGCGGAUUGAAGCAAAAGUCCCUGCAUUGCAGUCCAACCAAAAGAAAAGCCCAUUCGAACACAAAUAGUCCAGUCCCUUGCCUCUCCUUUCCCAGCCAGGCUAGGCUUAGACCGCAGCUCGGUCCCCAAAUUCAGAAAAUUCCACAACAGUUUGGUAUGGUCAUCCUUAUAUAUGUGAGUAAAACAGAAGAAUUGAAAAUCAGAAGCAUUAUGAAUAGAAAAAAGAAUAAAAAAGCCCUGAAGAACUUCAGGAGAAAAGGGUAA